AUGCAGGUAUUUCGGACCAAGUUUUGGUAUACAUGUUGCCGAGUUGGCGAAUUUCCCCGAAGUGUUGUCAAGCUCGCACGUCGGAAGGCAGAGGAACUGGAAGAUUUUGGUGGUGCCGAAGAUUCAGCCGAUGACAACAUGCCCGUAGAAGUGACAAAUGAAGGGAUUGCCAUCGUCGAGGAACUACUUUCCACUUGGGCUGCAUCGCAGACUCAAGACGAUGAGGACGUCGUUAUGGAAGAUAUUGAUGGCGUCUCUCCGGAAGUCCAAUUAGAGAGCCUGAAGCGAUGCUUCGAUAACUUCAAGCCAAAGAUAGAGGGCAACGCUUGGCUUCAGUCCUUGCUUGCGACACUCUAG